UUAGGUGCUCGGUGUGUGUUUUUUCGCUCGGUGCGGGUGUGUUCGGUGCUCAGGGGGUCCGGUGAAUUUCCGGUGUAUGUUCUCUCUACGGGACUAGGCGCUGCGCUGCGGAAGGUGCGAUGAGGCUGCUCGCUUGGAGCUUGCUAAUCUUCAACCAGUGGAUUCUACGAAAGGUACAUGGCCUGGAUAAGCAGGCAGGCAAAUCUACCUACCUGGAGCUGGGUACAGCAGGGUCUGUCUUAAAGGGCCUUCCAUAUGGUGGAGCAGGAGGAGUAGGUGGGACUGGAGUUAAACCCCCAUUCCAGACCUCUAGGAUAUUCUCCUCUAUGGACCACACACAAAUGAAACCCAAGCCACCUACCUACAGCUUUCAGAACCCAUACGACUGGGCCAGGAACCAGUCACAGUUCCUGGAUCAGACAGGCUACAUUCCAAAGCGCAAGCCUCCCCUAAAAACCACCAUGAAGACCAAGAAGAUCUUCGGCUGGGGGGACUUCUACUUCAGUGUCAAGACCCUGAAGUUCAACUUACUGGUGACGGGUAAGAUUGUUGACCACGUCAACGGUACGUUCACCGUCUACUUCCGCCACAACUCCUCCAGCCUCGGCAACGUCUCAGUCAGCAUCGUUCCUCCGUCAAAGGUGGUGGAGUUUGAGGUGCAUCAGCAGCAGAGUACCCUCAGUCAGCCAGAACUCCAGUUUCAUCAGCCUCAACAGUCCACUAUCGCUCCCAAAGUCAUCAAGACCUUCAACUGUCGAGUGGAGUACGAGAAGACCAACCAGUCAAAGAAGUCCAAACCCUGCCUGUAUGACCCGUCUCAGACCUGCUUUACUGAGCACACGCAGUCUAAUGCUGCCUGGCUCUGUGCCAAGCCCUUCAAAGUGAUCUGCAUUUUUAUCUCUUUCCUGAGCAUCGACUACAAGCUGGUGCAGAAAGUCUGUCCGGACUACAAUUUUCAGAGCGAACAACCUUACUUUGGAUGAAGAGUACAAACUGAAU